UCACUGGGCCGCCGGCGCCGCCGCUCCUCGCUCCGCCGGCGCGCUCCUCCGCCCGGCCGCCCGGCCGCAGCCAUGCGCCUGCUCCGCCCGCGGGGAGUCCAUUGUCCUCGGGACUAGUCCCGCCGCCGGACCCGCCGCGCCAUGGAGUCGCCCGCCCCGAGCCCGCCCGCCGGCGCGCCCCCGGCCAAAGGAAAGGCCAAGAGGAAGAAGGACUUACGGAUAUCCUGCGUGUCCAAGCCGCCCGCGCCCAACCCCACCCCCCCUAGGAACCUGGACUCCCGGACCUUCAUCACCAUUGGAGACAGGAACUUCGAGGUGGAGGCCGAUGACCUGGUGACCAUCUCAGAGCUCGGGCGUGGAGCCUAUGGGGUGGUGGAGAAGGUGCGGCACGCCCAGAGCGGCACCAUCAUGGCUGUGAAGCGGAUCCGGGCCACCGUGAACUCCCAGGAGCAGAAACGCCUGCUCAUGGACUUGGACGUGAACAUGCGCACGGUCGACUGCUUCUACACCGUCACCUUCUACGGGGCCCUCUUCCGAGAGGGAGACGUGUGGAUCUGCAUGGAGCUCAUGGACACGUCCCUGGACAAGUUCUACCGGAAGGUGCUUGAGAAAGGCAUGACGAUCCCCGAGGACAUUCUGGGGGAGAUUGCUGUGUCUGUAGUGAGGGCCCUGGAGCACCUGCACAGCAAGCUCUCCGUCAUUCACAGAGAUGUGAAGCCUUCGAACGUCCUCAUCAACAAGGAGGGCCACGUGAAGAUGUGUGACUUCGGGAUCAGCGGCUACUUGGUGGAUUCCGUGGCCAAGACGAUGGACGCCGGCUGCAAGCCCUACAUGGCCCCCGAGAGGAUCAACCCGGAGCUGAACCAGAAGGGCUACAACGUGAAGUCGGACGUCUGGAGCCUCGGCAUCACCAUGAUCGAGAUGGCCAUCCUGCGGUUCCCCUACGAGUCCUGGGGGACCCCCUUCCAGCAGCUGAAGCAGGUGGUGGAGGAGCCGUCCCCUCAGCUCCCGGCUGACCGCUUCUCUCCGGACUUUGUGGACUUCACUGCCCAGUGUUUGAGGAAGAACCCCGCGGAGCGCAUGAGCUACCUGGAGCUGAUGGAGCACCCUUUCUUCACCUUACACAAGACCAAGAAGACAGACAUCGCUGCUUUUGUGAAGAAGAUCCUGGGAGAGGACUCGUAGAGGCCCCAGCCCAGAGCCCUCCGCGGGGCGAUGCUUGCCCACACCCAUAAGCUACUGGCCGUGGGCAUCCUGGGAGGACUCGAGGGGCUGGUCCCAAGUGCCAAAGAGCCAGACUGUCAGGGCUCCCUGCGGCCCUCAUGGGCCUACCAGUGCCUCUGUCCUGCUGCUUCAAGGACCCCAAGUCUUUAGCCCCCAAGACCCUGGACUUGUGGGGACCUGGAUGCCCCCAGAUGUUGCCGCCCCUCACAGAGAAGGCAGCACCUGUGCACUGCCUGGCCCCGCCCGGAUGCCUUCAAGUUGUAUAUUUUUCUACUUCUUGACUGAAUGGACUUUGCACACUUUGGCUCAGGACUCUGCUGGGUGGUGUGGGGUGCGGACGGGUGAGCCACGUGGACCUCGAGCCCCCUGAGGGAGACCCAGCUGCUGGAGCCCUCGCCGGGCGCGGCACGCAGGCCUCCCCGGGGCCCUGUGGCCCAGCCCCUCCUAUCACAUCUACUAGGGGCGUCGUUUCACUUUUUUUUUUUUCUUAAUUUAUCCUCUUUUUCCCUUUUGCUUUGUGGGUUUGGCUGGGUUUUUAUUGCUGUUGUUGUUGUUUGUUUUGCACGGUGUGGAGCCACAUACGUUUUCUGCCACCCCCGGGGCCAGCAGCCAAGACUCACCUCUGCUCAGGUGGCUCUAGGAGGUUGGCCUCCAGUCUCUGCUCAGAGACACUCCUCGGGGCUGGCCUGGCAGGCUAUAGAUUAGCUUUUCAUAAUAUGUGUGUGUGUGUGUGUGUGGGUGUGUAUAUACACACAUAUACAUACAUGCUUUUUUUUUUUUAAGAAAGGACUACCUGUCCUGGGUUCUGUCCCUGAUGGGUGGGGGCAGUUACCUGUUUGCUGUUUUAAUAAAAAAAAAAAGUGGGUCUGAA